AUGUCUAUUUACGAGGAUAUCCUUAGAGCUCAGGUUAAGCAAGGUAACUUUGGUGGCAAGCACGGUCCAUUCGCCUACUUGGCCGAGAAGAAGAAGAGAAAGCCAACCAAGGAGAUCAUCUAUGACAACUGGUUGGGUUAUGAGGUUACCGUUGAGCGUGCCGAGCUCUACAUUGCCACUGACUCCAAUGGUUUCAGUGACCCAUACGUCCGCAUUGGAAAGAAGGUCAAGGAUGGUCUUUUCUCCAAGAAGUGGGUUCUCCAGACUCCAGCCGUCUCCAAGACACUGAAUCCAGUGUGGAACUACACCAACUCGUUCACCGUGAACAUUGGAAAGAGCUCUGAUCUCCAACUCCAACUCUGGGACAAGGAUGCCCUGAAGGAUGAUUUCAUUGGAAGUGCCACUUUCUCUGUCCCAACUGGACUGUAUUCAUCUCAAACCAAGACUGUUGAUAUCUACGAUCCAAAGAACAGCAAGAUCAUCAACGCCAAGGUCACCUUCACCAUCAAGUGUGUUGAGAAGGCUUCAAAGGAGGCUCUCUCUCUCUCUUCAGUCUAA